UUCUUCUGCAGGCGUCGGCCAUUUUAUUCAGUUACAAGAGGUAGGAUAAUGGGUGGACAGACCUGAGAGAGAAUCGAGUUGGGGGAGAGUCCUGCUUCACACUAACCAUGGUGUAUCAUAGGUCGGACAGCGGAGGUUCGAGCUCCGCCGACAGCGCUGCCAGAAGGCACUCCGAGUCCUCGCGGGGGUCAGCUCGAGAUGAUGAACGCCCCAAGUCUAGAGACGACAGAGAAGACUCCAAGUAUAGUAGUGACUAUUCAAGAGGUAGCUCGCGAUAUAAGGACAGGAGGUACUCGGACAGUUCCAGGUCUAGAAAUGGCAAAGAUGAUGUGAAGUAUAGUGAUGGUUCAAGAUACUCUAAAGACUCAAGAUGUGGAGAUGGAAGAGAAGAAGGGAAGUAUUAUGAUAGGUCCAGGGAUGGGAGAGAGGAAGGUUCAAGGCACAGGGAGGGAAAGGAUGAUGGGAGAUAUUCAGAAAGCAGUUCAAGAUAUGGUGAUAGUACAAGAUACCCAGAAGGCUCAAGAUACUCUGAGGGAUCAAGGUACAGCUCUGGAGGAUCAAGAUUUAGCAGUGGUGGAGGAAAUGGAGAGGGGUGGUACUCUGAGUCUUCACGCUAUCGAGAUGACGGCAGUAGAUAUGGUGGAGGAAGCUCUAGGUAUCGUGAGGAAGAUGGUGGUGGAUGUGAUAAAAGAGAGGGUGACCAGUAUGGGAGAGAGGAUACAGUAACAGAUGACUUGGCAGCAGAUACUGCAAUGAGUUCUGAACAGGAAAAACUUAAGAAUGUGUUUCAGAAUGAUGGUAGUUUUUUGGAAAUGUUCAAAAAGAUGCAGGAGGCCAAUAAAACCACCCCUGAUACAGUUGAAACCUCUGCCUCAGAACCAAGUGCUCCUGAAGCAAGCAUAAGUGUAAAGCAGGAAGUAGCUCCUCGACAAACUUCGGCCAUUCCCAGACGGGGUAUGGCCGCAGGUAUCGUAGGCAAGCGACGGGGUGGGCGAGUACUUCCAACAGGAAUGGUUAAGAAACAGAAGCGAGAAGAAGAAGAGGAAGAAACACCAAAGGAUGCUUGGUCUUUGUACAUGGCUGAAGUCCGCAAAUACAAAGAAGCUUCUUGCGAAGAGGAAGGAAAGACACGGCCCCUUGUCAAAUAAGUGACCGUCAGCAAUAAUACUUUGACAUGGGAGUUGUAAUAUCACUUCCAUUGCUUGAAUAUGCCGUAGCUUCCAAAGGCAUACUGCUUUGAAAUUUGGGUAUGAAAUUUACCUGCAAAAUGCAUUAAAUUUAUAUUAACGUUACUACCAUUCAUAUGCCACUUUUACGUGAUCAACGGAGGUUUUCACGAAUAUCACAGUUUCAUAUGUACCGGCAUCUGUGUUCUAUAUGAACCUUGUGUUGUACUUCAUUUUGGCAUUAAUGUUUCAUCUUCACAUACUAGCUUUGCAUAUCUGUUCUCAUUUUGAUUAUCAUUGCAAAUCUAAAAUAAGCAUGUUGCAGCUCAGAAGUGCAGAAACAGUGUUAUACUUUAUUGUGGACUGAAGUGGUGUUAUAUACGCAUAACUUUCAAAGGAGAUUCAGUAGUGCCAAUGUAUACAAAUGUGGAGGGGAAUUUUUAUAGUAAAGGAAAUGCUAAUUAUAGGACCUGCAUAUUGGGGUUAAUGAUCAAGAUCCAUUGUCUGUGUUAAAUAUAUUUUGAAUUAUUCUGCGACGCAAAUUUUGUGA